AUGCACCUCACCCUCUCUCUGCGUCCCCCCUCCUCCACCCACUUCCCUACCCCCCUUUCUCCAUCUCUCUUCCAGUCUUCCUUCCUCCGCACCCCCUCCUCCUACCCUGCACCCACCCCUUCCCCCCCACCCCUUUCCCCCCCCCUCCUUCCCCCCCACUACGUGCACUUUUCUUCACCUUCCCUUCUCUUCCAGCCCCAUCUCCCUCCAUCCACGCAGACCACCCAUAUACACCCCCCCUUCCACCCGCCCUACCCUCCCCAUCCCCUGCCCCCCCACCUCUAG